AUGGCAGAGUAUUCCAACAUUCCUGUUGCCAUUGUUGCCAAGGAGAAGUAUUUUGUGAUGAAGAUAUAUGGCUACUCAAGAACCAAGGAGGUCCUCAAGCAUGGCGAACAUGCGACGUCCGCCCGUUUCAGCGUUGGAGGUCACCACUGGAUUGUGAUCUACGUAUUAGACUAUUACCCAAACGGUGAGAAGGAUGCAGAUUUCGUAUCUGUUUACCUGCGUCUUGAUUCAUCCGAUGCCAAAGUUGUGAAGGCCAAAUUCAAGUUUAGCAUGCUUGACAAGGAUGGAGAACCUGUGGCCUCUUACAACUAUACAAGCCCUAUAACAACCUUCAGAAGCAAAGGUUCAGAUUGGGGUUACAAUAAGUUCAUCAAGAAGGCUGAUCUGGAUGGAUUAGUGCAUCUCAGAGACGAUUGUUUGAGCAUCAGGUGUGAUGUGUCUGUCAUAAAGGCGAGUGAGGAAAUAAGGGUUAAUCAGCUUGUGGUGGUUCCUCCAAGCGACUUGCAUCAGCAUCUCAGAUUCUCAGCUAUGAAACAGAUUAUGCGGCGGUACUAA